UCUUCCUCGACACAGCGUCAGAAAUCACCAUUCAAUAUAUAGAUAGCAUAUACUCUAUGGUUCCCCUCUUCUUGUCCUCCUCCCUUCAAGCUACUUGUAUCCCGCUAUUCUGGAACGAAUAGCCUCGUGAAUUCUCUCUGGAACGAGAGGAACGAGUAUAUCCCGUCCCGCCGGUCAACACCAUCGUCCACCUAGCUUCCUAGCGUUACUUCCCUUCACCAACACCAAGCAGGUCUUGCCGAAGCCCAUUUCGAUUCUCUUGCUUGUUCAGCUUCCGCCAGCAUCACUCGACAGCCGGCCUCUCCCAUAUAAUACACGCCCUAAUACCUGUUCGGCCGCGCAGCACGCCAUACGCAAUCAUGUCCAACUCCAGAGGGAUCGAAACGCAUCUCGACUUCUCUGUUGGUCCCCAGCCCGGUAACUUUUCGCAGCAACGUAGUCCCCAGUACAAAAUCUCCAACGAAUCCGCAUCAGCUCUCGCCAAGGGCCACGGCGCUCCCGCAGAUUCGGGCCACGACGGCGGCUUCGUCGUCAUAACUCGCGGCGAGGCCACUGCUUCGGGGCCGCCCUCCGAGGCCACCGGCUCUGACGACACCGUCAUUGACAGCGCCAUCAUGAGAAGGGCCGCUGGAGCUCCAGCAGUCCUGGACUCUGCUCUGACCCAGAACAACAUCCAUCUCCACGAUCGUGUGUGCCCGCUCGGCACCAUGCCCAUAUACCAAUGGAUAUGGGGUCAGCCCUGCCCCGGUGGCUUCGAUAUCAAGGACACUUCGUCCAGGGAGAGCAUGAAGGUCCACGUCGCGCACUCACGCGCCAGCCAGGCAAUUGAUAUCCUGGAGAACGAAUACGGCGUCGUCAAUCACCCUCCCGAAUCUUUCAUCGCCUUUGCUGGCCACUGGGCCGAUGUCCCCGCCGGCCCUAUGACGUUGGAUGAUGAUGAAUCCGAUCCACUGAAGUGAGGAUUCUGCCCCGGCCUCGUCCUUUCUGUCGUCUCGUCUCGUCUCUGGUAGUGGCUGCCACUAUAGCCGACUCAUCCUUCCCUUCUGACGUGGGACCGUCGCCCGACUUCCCACAAUGACAAGGGAUAGGUCGACCAUGAGUUGCUUUUGGCUCGGCCAGACUUUUCGCGCGCAUAAAGGAUCAUGCUGUCAUGAAGCGCCGAAAAACCUCGCCGUAUUUUGGAAUAGCCCGUGUUGCUCGUCGUUGGUCGGCUUGUUUCUGGAUGAGUUUGGGUCCUGCUCAAAGGAUCAAACACUGUCAUUUCCCGGAACAAAAUAGAAACCUUCUAGUCCACUCCCCUCUUGUACGCUUUGGUAGUGCACUGGUGUGACGUCGGAAUGCCAAUCAUUAAUCUUCGCUUCAGUCGUCGUUGCGUUUUACCCCGU